CAAUAUUCUACCCUUUUCAGAAGUGUACACUCAUACACUCUCCCUCGGAGUGGUGUGAGGAAUAUGGGGGAGGGUCUGUUAGAAGUUAGUAUGGGACUAGGAGUGGAACCUCCCUCCAGCCAUGCUUGUACCAAUCCAAUACUUUAUGCCUGCUUGAGUAGAGUGAACAAGUGCAUACUUCUGUAGAGAGGAAGCUCAAUGGAAACAUUUAUUUGUACAGUGACAAAGGCUGGAACAGAAACCUAGUUAAUAGAAGAAAUAGGCUACGUACCAAUAUUCUACCCUUUUCAGAAGUGUACACUCAUACACUCUCCCUCGGAGUGGUGUGAGGAAUAUGGGGGAGGGUCUGUUAGAAGUUAGUAUGGGACUAGGAGUGGAACCUCCCUCCAGCCAUGCUUGUACCAAUCCAAUACUUUAUGCCUGCUUGAGUAGAGUGAACAAGUGCAUACUUCUGUAGAGAGGAAGCUCAAUGGAAACAUUUAUUUGUACAGUGACAGGUAUCGACAGCUACUGUAGAUGAUACUGGGACCAGGUGAUUUUCAGGAACAUCAGUCAAAAUGCAUAUAAGAUAUGCAUAUUUCCUACUUUUUUUAGUAGUGGUUGUGGGAACGACGAUCUGCUGGUUGGUCUUCUCAUACGAUGCCGUGUCUCUCAAACAGGUGCCUCCCCAUGUUGUGCUGAAUGACAGAUUACAGAGCAAGCAAGUCAAACUGAUGGAACCAGUGAGGACUGACGUGCUGACUGUAACCCCGUGGCUGGCUCCUAUAGUCUGGGAAGGGACUUUUGACCCCCAGGUCAUAGACACGGCCUUUAUUUCACAACACCUCACCAUCGCUACCACUGUGUUCGCUGUAGGGAAAUACAUUCGUUUUCUCCGGGACUUCUUAGAGUCAGCUGAGAAGCACUUCAUGGUGGGGCUGGACGUGCACUACUACGUAUUCACCGACCUGCCCGGCGACGUGCCCGACAACGUGACUCUGGGUGUCGGCAGACUGCUCAGCAUUGUGAAGGUGCAGAAGUUCGACCGCUGGCAGGAGAUAUCCCUCCGCCGCAUGGAGCACAUCCAGACUGCCAUUAAGGAUCAAAUCCACCGGGAGGCGCACUACAUCUUCUGCAUGGACGUAGACAUGAGGUUCCACGGCCGUGUGGGGCCCGAAGCUCUGGGGAGACUGGUGGCCGCCAUCCACCCCUGGUUCUACACGUACACCCGGAACCAGUACCCUUACGAGCGACGGACCGUCUCCAAAGCCUACAUACCCUUGGACCAGGGAGACUUCUACUACCAGGCCAACAUAUUCGGAGGAAUGUUGGAGGAUAUUCAGCGGCUGACCAAGACGUGCAGGGAGCACCUGGAGGUUGAUAAGUCAAAGGGUGUGGAGGCUGUGUGGCAGGAAGAGAGUCACCUGAAUUGGUACCUGUUGAGGAACAAGCCCACCAAGCUCCUGUCACCGGAGUAUGUGUGGGAUGACGCUAAAGAACAGGCUGCGAAGGAGAUAAAAUUGGUCCGCUUCUCCUCUGUCAUUAAGGACAAGGAAGAGGUCAGGGAUAACCUUUGAGAGAAGAGGAGAGAAAUAAUAUUUGUCUUUGACAAGCUGCAGGGAAGAGAGGAGAAAAGUGGAGAGGAUGGAAGGAGGAGAGGAAAGAGGGAAGGAGGAGAGGAAAGAGGGAAGGAGGAGAGGAAAGAGGGAAAGAGGAGAGAGAACUUUAAUACAGACCGUUACUUUGCCUGGUUUUAUUUUAUAUUUUUGCACACUGCACUUUUGGUUCAGUGAAAUAUGGGUUUGUUCUUGUUUAGUGUCUUUGUGACAUAGGCUAUGCUCGAAACGACACCCUAGAACUACUGGUUAAGAAGUGCACUCAACUCAGACUUAGCUAUCUUUACUUUAUGUACAAUGGGCUCCAUCAUUUUUGGCAUGUUUGAUAAAGAUGAGAAAAAAAUAUUGUAUAAAAUAAAUAAUACUAUAUUUUAAGCCUAUGCUCCAUAAAAUUGGGUAGUUAUAUUAUAAUAAUACAAUUUCUCAGAGAAAGAGAUUUUGUUAAACAAUUAAUAAUGAAAAAAGAUAUGGGUUGAAAUGAUCAGGACCUCUGUUUUCAGUACUCCAGCACCCUGCCCUUGCGAGGAUAACGACACUGAGCCUUUGAUAAAGGUCACGCGUGUCACGUCCUGGCCAGUAUAGAGGAUAUUUUGUUAUUGUAGUUUGGUCAGGACGUGGCAGAGGGUAGUUGAUUUAUGUAUUACGGGGUUUUUUGGUCACUGGUUUAUGUUUGUAUUUCUAUGGGCAUGUUCUAGGUUAGUUUUUCUAUGUGUAGGUUGGGUGCUGGACUCUCAAUUGGAGGCAGGUGUUUCUAGUUGCCUCUGAUUGGGAGUCCUAUAAGUAGGUGUGUGUUUUGUUUGUUAUUUGUUAGCACUGCUUUUUGUUGAGCCUGCUACUCUGUUCCUGUCGUUAGUUUGUUGAUUGUUUUUUCGUGGUGUUCUCAUUUUUAUAAUAAAUAUGUUGAGCACGUAA